AUGGUUUUGAAAUCAACUGCUGUGGGAGGAGUUUCCGUCUACCAGGUGGCAGGAACUAAUGUAUCGAGAUCAUUACCAGACUGGAUUGCCAAGAAGAGAAAAAGACAAUUGAAACAUGAUAGCGAAUAUCAAAGUCGUAUAGAGUUGAUUCAAGAUUUCGAAUUCAGUGAAUCUUCCAAUAAAAUAAAGGUCAGUCCCGAUGGACAGUAUGCUAUGGCGACUGGAACCUACAAGCCACAGAUUCACGUUUACGACUUCUCCAAUUUGUCGUUAAAGUUUGAAAGACAUACUGAUGCAGAGAAUGUGGACUUCAUAAUAUUAUCAGAUGACUGGACUAAAUCAGUGCAUUUACAAAAUGAUAGAUCUAUACAGUUUCAAACCAAAGGGGGAGUACACUAUAAAACCAGGAUCCCCAAGUUCGGAAGAUGCAUGUCCUACAAUCCAUUUAUCUGUGAUUUACUAGUGGGUGGAGCUGGUAAUGAAUUAUACAGGUUAAACUUGGACCAAGGGCGGUUCUUGAACCCGUUUGUGGUUGAAUCAGAUUUGGGAAUCAAUGCUCUUGAUGUAAAUAAAACACAUGGUUUGAUAUCAGCUGGUUUGGAAGAUGGAACUGUGGAGUUCUGGGACCCAAGAGCCAGACAGAGAGCUGCUAAACUUUAUGUUAGUGACCAGUUGGAAGAAUCGUGUGAAAUCUCUGCUUUGAGUUUUAGAAACGACGGUUUAAGUUUUGCAUGUGGAACCUCAGAAGGUAAGUCCUUAAUCUACGAUUUGAGAGCUUCUACACCAACAAUUGUUAAAGAUCAAGGGUAUGGGUUUGAAAUCAAAAAGAUCAUAUGGAUUGAUGAAAAUUCUUCAGACACAAACAAGAUUUUGACCAGUGACAAAAGGAUUGCCAAAAUCUGGGACAGAAACUCCGGUAAGCCUUUUGCGUCUAUGGAGCCUAGUGUGGAUAUUAAUGAUGUUGAGUAUAUCAAAGACUCAGGAAUGUUCUUCAUGGCCAACGAAGGUAUAUCCAUGCAUUCAUAUUAUAUUCCCAACUUAGGACCUGCUCCAAAGUGGUGUUCCUUCUUGGAAAAUGUCACCGAAGAGAUGGAAGAAAGGCCAUCUAAUUCAAUAUACUCCAACUACAGGUUCAUUACUAGAGACGAUGUUACUAGAUUGAACGUAGCUCAUUUGGUGGGAACAAAUGUUAUGAGGUCAUAUAUGCAUGGUUUUUUUAUUGACAAUGAGUUAUAUGAAAGGGUUAACUUGAUUGCCAACCCCAACUCAUACCGUGAUCAAAGAGAAAGAGAAAUUAGAAAUAAAAUUGAAAAGGAGAGAGAAUCUAGAAUCAGAACUACGGGGGCGAUCACCAAUACCAAAGUCAAGGUCAACAAGGAAUUGGCCAGCAAAUUGGAAGGAAGAACUGGCUCACAAGCAGCUGAGGAUAUUGUUAAUGAUGACCGUUUCAAGGAAUUAUUCGAAAACCCAGAUUUCCAAGUGGAUGAACAAUCUCACGAAUACAAACAGCUUAAUCCAGUUCUGGCUGGAGUGAAAGACAUAACAGUAGAUAAUCCUCGUGGUUUGACUGCUGCUGAAGAGUCGGAUGAAGAUAGAAUUCAUGACAAUGAGCACGGUGACGAUAGCGAAAGCGAAUCAUCUGAGUCUGAAGAAGACAAAGAAGACGAAGAAACAACCAAACAGAGACAAGAAAAAGUCAAGAAGGAAAUGGAAAGAUUACGCCGUAAGCAAGAUGCCAAGAAACAAGAAGAGAAGUUCUUGAAUGAAAUGAAGGUUGUUAGUAACGAAGGACCCCAGCAAAAGGUAGCCGACUCAUUUGCUUCCCAAGUAAACCAAAUCAACAAGGUGUCUAAGCAGAAGAGGACUGACCAAGAAGGAACCAGGUUACAGCGUCAUGCACGUGGGGAAGUUGAAUUUACAUUCAACCCUGGCAACAAGAAAUCUGACCGUAGAGUCAAAUUCAACAGAGAAAAGUCCGAUGACGAUAUCGACGAAGAGACGAAAGCACAACUCAAAGGACGCACGAAACAAAGAUACUCCGGAAGAAGAAGUGCUUCUCGUAACCAAUUCCGUGGUAUGUAG